AUGAACAAUUGUAAAGAUCGUAAUCUUACACUAGAUCUUACAUAUCUGAGUGCAAAAGUUAAACUACGUGAAAGUGUAACAGUUAAAAUUUGUCUAACUUCGCCGCCACAUCGAAUUGAUGGAAAUGUUACAAUGGUUCUUCAAUGGAAAGUAGAUGAAACAAUGUCGGAAUGUCGAGAUUAUCUAAGAUGGGAACCUAAACAAUUGUAUUUUAGUAUUGAUUACUUUCAUCAGCAUCAAACAAUGGUUGUGACUCGAAUGAAAGAUGGUUCGAAGACCAUUCUGAAUCCUAUUAUAAAUGGUGGUGGAUAUGAUAAAGUUCCAAUUUAUUCUUAUCGUCUUCUUUUUCAAUAA